GCAAUUCAUCGGAAUCAGUCACCCGUGGAGGCGCGUUCGGAGUAGCCGUCGAAAGAUUCGAUCGUCCAGAUUUUCCGCAGUUUUCGGUGAUCAAUUGUGAUAUCGUUUGUCGUUCGCUCUGCGAUUGGAAUGCCGAUUUUGUGCAAGUAGCUUGUGAAAAGAAAGGCGGAUAGCAUCCAGGUGGAGUCUUUUUGGCGCCAGUCGGGGAUAGCUGCAUGUGCACAUGUCACCAAACUCCGGUCUUAUUGAUUUACCAUAGUGUACAUUAUAAGGAAUUUUACCUGACACCAGGAUUAUAAUUGAUGUUACAACCUCCGAAGAAAAGCAAGACCACGCCUUCAACGUUAACAAUGUCUCCCAUAUGGUCACUCGUAUGCCGGCCGGAUCGUAAAGAUCUGCUUAGCUUUCACAGUUUAUUCUAACAACAUUGAUGUAAGCCAGUAUAACGCUGAAGCUUCAAUAGCUGCUGAAAAUCUCCAGUCUUAACGAAACUUUGCUGCAUGUUGCUGAAAGGCUUCUUAAACAUAAGAUGGCAACACAAUUUGAGGAUAAGUUUAUGGCCGUCAACGUCCAAGCUGCCGCUCAAUUUAACACCCUCCGCCCAGCGGUAAUGACCAUAACUAAACAGAGCUCCUGUCAGGUCUUCUGCAGGCGGUUCUUCAUCUGUAUUCUUCUCAUCGCCGUAGUCGUCCUGUCGUCGAUCGUCUACGCCAUCUACAGCUACGCGUCUAAUCUGGCGGACGUCUGCCACAGUAAAGAAUGCCUCCGCUCGGCAGCCGCCUUCAAGCAGAACAUGGACCUCAACGUAGAUCCGUGCGACGACUUCUACUCCUAUGUCUGCGGGAAUUGGGCCGACGAUCAUCCACGCCCGGAACGGCACGGAGCGUACAGCUGGUAUGACGAGCGGCAAACCAAAAUCUACCGAAACAUUCGAACCCAGCUGGAGACCAACAUCAGCCGUUCGGAUCCGAAACCGGUCGCUCAAGCCAAAUCUAUGUACAAGGCAUGCCUAAGCGAAGCAAAUCGGGAACGUUACGGUUACACCGCCGUUCAGCGAUAUCUGCGAGAGUUCGAUCUUCCGUUGACUCCGACGUUGCUGAAUCGGACCAAGAUCUCCUAUCGAAAAUACAAAUUCGAUUGGAUCAGCUCGGUUGCGAAGAUCCAGCGCAAACUGGGUCUGAACGUGAUCGUGGGUUUUGAUAUUGAGCAGGACCAUCAGGACAAAAAUCGGAACCGAUUGACUUUGGAAUACCACUACAGACCUAAUGAAUUGCGAUUUCCCGCGUACGAAUGGUCCAAGCUGAAGACACCGGCUCACAAUCUACGUGCAGCGCAGCAUUCUAGCUCUGAAGAUACUGACGAAUCAGAAAACGAAUCCACCGAGGAUGAGGAUGAAGACGAAGGUGAUGAUGCGGACGAUGAAGAUGGAAUAGAUAUCAGCGAUCUGGCAGAGUCCUUCGCAAAAAUUAUUGCAGCCAUCAAUCCAAGUAUCGACACCAGUGAGAUGGACGAUAAGAUGAACAUUUUGGCAGAACGAUUUACAGAGUUUCAUCGAUCACUGCCUAAGCCCCUAGAUUCAGAAGAUGAGAGCAAACCGAAGUACUAUACGGUAAAACAGCUUCAAACGUUGACAGAUACACUCAUCAAACCCAAAAAACCCUAUCCAAUUUGGCAACACUAUUUGGACGAACUGUUUGUCAAUCAAAGCGACGUCAAACCUGCUAUCGACGAACAUUUGCAACUGACUCCGGAGAACGUUGAAUUCCUCGGAAAGCUAAUCGACGUAGUCUCCGAGCAACCUCCGGUUCUGAUCGAGUUGUACAUUUGGGGAACGGUAGCUUCGUUUCUGGUGGAGCACGAGUUUAACGACGCCAGACUGGAGGAGGAUUGCGCCCAGGUCGUCCACAAGCUGAUGGGAUUGGCCGUCAGCUAUGCGAUAGCGGAUAAGAGUUUCCUGGAUCAAACCAAGCCACGUAUAGAGCAGAUGUUGACCGACAUACGGAACGAGUUCGACCAGAUGGUGCUGGAAACGGAUUGGAUGGACGCCUACACCAAGUACGCAUCGCUGGAGAAAUCCAUGGCCAUGAAGUCGCUGAUCGGCUUUCCGGAGUGGAUUUUGGAUGUCGAGAAACUGGAGGAACACUAUCGUGGGUUGCGGAUCAGCCCAACCCAUCAUUUGGAAAAUUGGGUUACCGCUUUGGAAUUCAUGAAUAUGGGGUGGCUGCGAUCAUGGCGGGUCAAAAAUAAUAAAGUGUGGGAUAUGGAUCCCACGGUGGUCAAUGCGUACAAUAUCUUCGAUCGGAAUGCAAUUAAUAUUCCUGUUGCUAUAAUUCAGUACCCGUUCUACUACCUUGGGUUAGAUGCAUUGAACUAUGGGGCCCUUGGUGAGGUCUUGGGCCAUGAACUAACCCAUGGAUUUGAUAAUGCAGGCCGCCACUAUGACAAAUACGGCAACGAAAAGCGAUGGUGGUCCAACCAUACCCUGCAAGAGUACGACAAGCGGGCUCGCUGUCUGGAGGAUCAAUACAGCUCGUACUACGUUCAAGAGGCGAAGGCCUUCAUCAAUGGAACACUGACCCUGGGUGAGAACAUUGCCGAUAACGGGGGACUUCGGGAAGCUUUUCGUGCCUAUCGGGCGUAUGUCAGACGAAAUGGUCCUGAAGAAGUGCUGCCAGGAUUCGACGACUUUACACACGAGCAGUUGUUGUUCAUCUCGUUUGGAAAUCAAUACUGCGAAACUGUUAGUCCAGCGGUAGCCAAGUAUCUGGUAGAAGACGAACACAGUCCGUCCAAGUUCCGUGUUCUGGGAGUUUUGAGUAAUAUGCCGGAGUUCAGUGAGGCAUUCCAAUGUCCGGCUGGUAGCAGGAUGAAUCCGAAGCAAAAAUGUCGAGUGUGGUAAGACGUUAGAAGUUCAGCUCUAACAGUGAAAAUAUGAAAUAAAUUUUUCAUGCUUAAAGAAUGUCGUUAGUGCCGGAAAUAGAUACGGAAACCCCCAUUACAACUCUAAGCGUAGAUAAUUUCUUAGAUGUGAAUGCAUCCCAUCUUUUAAUUUCAUCAAUUGUCAUUAAACUUUAUUUAAUAAAUAAGGGUUAUGUUACGAGAAGAAACGGAU